UAGAGCGAUUCCUAAAUAAGAUAGAUGUUAGCCAAGUAGUUUUAUUCUCUGCCUUGUUUCAAAUCAGAGCACAGUUUGUCAUUUUACAUGGAUAUUCCCUCUUCCAGUGUUUUUUUUUUUUUUGGAGGGGGGUAUUUGAUAUAGAAAAAUGCCUAAAAAUCACUGAACUACAUGUUAAAGAUUUCUUUCAACCCAAAUUCUAUACUACAUAGAACUAUAAAACUAUAUCUUGGCCAUCGCACUAAGGUAACCAUGAACAGCGUAUGGGAGACCUGCAGGGACAUGAAGCGUGAGUAUUAGUGCUUCAAUUGCUGGUGCUCUGGGAAUCCGUACACUGACCUCUUCAAACAUUACCAGCAGUGUGUUCAGAAAGCAAUAAAGGAGAAAGAGAUUCCUAUUGAAGGACUAGAAUUCAUGGGCUAUGGCAAAGAAAAGCCUGAAAACUCUUCUUGACCUUGACAGUCACCUUGAAAACAGAUUCCUCAAAUCAGGAAAUUGAGGACUUUGGAUUAUGUCAACCAAGGCUGUGAAGAUAGCCAUCAGAUUUGAUGAGGAAUUUAGGAGAGAAGUUUUAUUUCCUCCUCCUUGAUGUUUUCCUCAAGUUUUAAAAGGCGAACUCUUUGAUUUCUCACUUUUUCUGGCAUCUUGCAAGAACUCAAUGCGCCAACAUGGAAUAAUUUCUUGGGGUUAUGACUGCAAUAUUUAAUUUGGGAUCAGCUUUAACUAUAUCUUGUAUGUAGAUAAACUAGUCAGGAUGAUCAAGGUUGCCUGACCUCUUGAUUUUUGCUGCAAAGGACAUAUGUAUACUAUACUGGGAUCAUUGUUAAGGAAAGCAAUUGGUUGGGGCCUCUUUUUUCUCUCAGGGAACUAAUGCUCUGAAAAGGGAUCUGGGCACAUUUUCAAUCAGAAAAUGUGCUUGGGAGCACAGUUUUAUUUUUAUAUAGUAACUAACAGUUAAGCUACUGGUGGCCUGGAUUAACAAAGAGGAAGACAGCUUUUAACAAAGAGAGGUGUUGGAUUGAAAUGUGAAAGCUUCAAGAAUGUUGCAGUGAACACCACACUGUAGCUCAAGAAUUAAGAUGCUUGGAGUCACUGUGGAAGAAAAACCUGAAUUGCAAAGAUUUGCUGCUGCCAGCUUCAACCCACAUCAGUGAAUUAAGUCACCCUGCAUAUGUAAAAUGCUACAUCUGAUGAAAUGACUGGGGGUGGUGGUGUUUGCUUUAUGUGCUUUGUUUACCCACCCUGCCC